AUGCGCGGCCUUCCCGCCGUCGACGCGCGUGGCCUUACUGCCGUCAACGCGCGCGGCCUUCCUGCUGUCAACGUGCCCGCACGUCUUGCCCACCGCCCUCCCUCUCCCCGGCCACCCUUCCCUCCCCGUGGCCGCCCUCCCUUACCCUCUCGUUGGCGUCCUGCCUCACCUCCCUUCAGGCGCCUUCCCCUUCCCUCGUGGUGCACCUUCUUCUGCCGCUUUUGCACCACCUCCUCCUUCUCCCCUCACCCCUUCCGCCUCUUCACCCUCCUCCUCCUCUCUUCAUACAUUCCUCCCCUCUGUGCCUCUCCUCCCUUCCUCCACCUCCUUCCCCUCCGCCUCUGCCAACUGGCUGCGUGGUAUUGGUUGCCACUUGGUGAUCCUGUCUGUGUUUCGGCGCCAAUCUCCUUCCACACCUUUCCUCCUCCUCUUGUUUCUCCUCUAAGCGGCGCAGCAGCAGACUACUCCGCCGCUAUCCCUCCUCCUCGUAUUUCUCCCCUCAGCGGCGCAGCAGCAGACUACUCUGCCGCUAUCCCUCCUCCUCUUGUUUCUCCUCUCAGCGGCGCAGCAGCAGACUACCCCACCGUUAUCCCUCCUCCUCUUAUUUCCCCCCCUCAACGGCUCAGCAGCUGA